GCUCCUGCUCCCCUUCCCGCAGCGCCGAAUCUCGAGAUCCGAACUGCCUUGCAAGAUCCGCAAGCCCCCCUGGGCUGGAGCUGCAAGCCCCAAUGUCCGCCCACACAGCGUUUCGGGUAGCUGCGCGCCCUCUGCGUCAAGUAGCUGCCGCUGCAGCACCAAGACCGGCGUCGCAACUGCAGUUCACGCCGCCUUUAUGCCUCCGCUGCAGCAUCGAUGCUGGAGCCGCCGCCGCCGCCUACAAUCGCCGGGCCGCCCCAACCCGUGCCCGCCUUUUCUCGACCGCCCCUCCGCCGCCGAGACAGCCGCUACCACCCAGUCCCGAGGACCACAGCAGGACACCGGGGCCGGAGUCCACCGUCCCUGAAGAUGCCGCAGCGGCAAGCACACCAUCGCCUACCCCACAGCCAUCCCCCGAUCUACCUCCUCACUCCGAGCCAGAGGCCGCACCGUCUGCUGCCGAGUCCUCCCCUGCAGAACCUAGCUCCCCAGAUCCAGCUUCCGCGCCCUCCCAGACCGCCGACCCAUCCGCGCCGCCCCGCUCGAGCGACCCUCCCGACUCGUCGCUCCCGUCCUUCACCGAAACCCACCGCCACCCGCUCUCCGCCCGCUUCAGCACUUUCAUGGACAACCUCCAGGCGCGCGCGCUCACCGCCACCCAGAAGCUCAACGACCUGACGGGCUACUCGGCGAUCGAGGCGAUCAAGGCGCGCAACACGGAGCUGGAGCAGGAGCUGGCGGCGGCGCAGGAGCGGCUGCGCGCGGCGCGGCACGCCUACAAGUCGCUGACGGCGCACCGCGCGGCGACCCAGCGCGAGGUCACGACGCUGCUCGCGCGCAAGGACACGUGGAACCCGGCCGACCUGGAGCGCUUCACGACGCUGUACCGCAGCGACCACACGCUCGAGGCCGACGUGGCCGCCGCCGCCGCCGAGCUGACCGACGCCGAGACGGACGAGGCCCGCCUCAGCGCCGCCCUGACCGCCGGCAUCCUCAAGCGCUACCACGAGGAGCAGAUCUGGAGCGACCGCAUCCGCCGCCAGUCCACCUGGGGCACCUGGGGCCUGAUGGGCGUCAACGUGGUGCUGUUUCUGGUCCUGCAGUUUGUGGCCGAGCCGUGGCGCCGGAAGAGGCUGAUGAAGGGCAUCGCCGAGCGGGAGGAGGGGGUCAUGGAUGAGGUGAGGAGGGAGCUGGAGGAGGUGAGGGCCGCGCUGGCGGCGAGCCGGUUGCAUGAGCGGCAGGCGGCUGAGCCGGGGGCAAGCACUGCCGCGGAGGAGCCUCUCGCGGUGGAGGGGCACGGGACUGGUCCCGCCCCGGGCACUUCUUCCCUGGGUGUGACAGCGGAACAAGUGCCGAGGAAACCUUGGAAGGAGGUCCUGCUGGACUACUGGGAGGACCCGAAACGCUUCCAGGCAGACGUGUUGGAUCUGUACAGCGAGCGGAAGAUAGACUUGCGGAUGCGCGAUGCGUCGCUCAUCGCCCUCCAGGGGGCCGCAGCAGGGGCUACCAUCGCGGGAGCGCUCGCGCUCGCUUUGCUGCGGAGCACGAGCACAUGACUCUCCCCUCAGCGCUGAUGGCUCAGACUUUGUACAUGUUGUAUACAACCUAUGUACGCUAGACUUCAAUAGACUUGCAGUUAAUGACUUCAUGAGC